CUUUGAUUCAGUUGACAAAUUUAUAAAAAGCUUACAAGUAAUGUUUUAAAUAAAUGAAACUUCAGGCGAGAAUAGUGAAUUAAAACCGAAAAAUAGGGCAUCCGUUGAUUAGGAUUUAAUCUCAGACCAGUACCUCUCGCUUUACCAGGGUGUUUCUGGAGAUGAAUGACAGCUCGUAGGACUUAAUUUGGUAGGGAAGCGUUGGAAUUCUGCUGUUGUGAUCUUAGUUUCUUGGAUUUGGUGAAUAGCAAUGGCGUGGUUUAGAGCUGGGUCUAAUGUGGCAAAGCUUGCUGUUAGGAGAACUCUAUCACAAACGGGAUCUUACAUAACUCGAACACGGGUAGCUCCUACCCACAAUCGAUUCUUUCAUACUACGGUUGCUAGGUCCAAGGCUCAAUCUGCGCCCAUUCCUCGUCCUGUUCCUCUCUCUAGGUUGACUGACAGCUUUUUGGAUGGGACUAGCAGUGUUUAUCUUGAAGAGCUACAGAGAGCCUGGGAGCAAGAUCCGAAUAGCGUAGAUGAAUCAUGGGACAAUUUUUUCAGAAACUUUGUUGGCCAGGCUACAACAUCUCCUGGAAUUUCUGGACAAACAAUUCAAGAGAGUAUGCGACUAUUGUUGCUUGUGAGAGCUUAUCAGGUUUAUGGUCAUAUGAAGGCCAAAAUAGAUCCAUUAGGUUUGGAAGAGAGGCGUAUUCCUGAUGAUCUAGAUCCAGCACUUUAUGGUUUCUCGGAAGCUGAUCUUGAUAGAGAAUUCUUCAUUGGUGUUUGGAGAAUGUCGGGGUUCUUGUCUGAGAACCGUCCUGUGCAGACCUUAAGAGCAAUAUUGACUAGACUUGAACAAGCUUAUUGUGGAAAUAUUGGCUAUGAGUACAUGCAUAUUGCUGAUCGCGAAAAGUGCAACUGGUUGAGAGACAAAAUUGAGACUCCGUCUCCAACUCAAUAUAGUCGAGAUCGGCGUGAGGUAAUCCUUGAUCGACUUAUUUGGAGUACCCAAUUUGAGAACUUCUUGGCUGCCAAAUGGACUGCAGCCAAAAGGUUUGGGCUUGAAGGUUGUGAGACAUUGAUUCCUGGUAUGAAGGAGAUGUUUGAUAGAUCAGCAGAUCUUGGGGUGGAGAGCAUAGUCAUAGGGAUGUCGCAUCGAGGAAGACUGAAUGUUCUGGGUAAUGUAGUCAGGAAACCUCUGCGGCAGAUCUUUAGUGAGUUUAGUGGUGGUACAAAACCUGUGGAUGAGGUUGGCCUUUAUACUGGAACUGGUGAUGUCAAAUACCACUUGGGAACUUCUUAUGAUCGGCCAACAAGGGGGGGUAAGAGAAUUCACUUGUCAUUGGUUGCAAAUCCUAGUCACUUGGAAGCCGUGGACCCUGUUGUAAUUGGAAAAACCAGAGCCAAACAGUAUUACUCCAAUGAUGUUGAGAGAACAAAAAACAUGGGCAUUUUGAUUCAUGGUGAUGGCAGUUUUGCUGGACAAGGUGUUGUUUAUGAGACAUUGCAUCUGAGUGCCCUGCCCAAUUACACUACUGGUGGGACUAUUCACAUCGUUGUGAACAAUCAAGUGGCUUUCACUACUGACCCAAGAUCAGGAAGAUCUUCCCAGUAUUGUACUGAUGUCGCCAAAGCUCUCAGCGCUCCUAUUUUCCAUGUCAAUGGUGAUGAUGUAGAGGCAGUUGUUCAUGCUUGUGAACUUGCUGCAGAGUGGCGUCAGACAUUUCAUUCUGAUGUUGUGGUUGAUAUCGUAUGCUAUCGUCGAUUUGGGCACAAUGAAAUUGAUGAACCAUCCUUUACUCAACCUAAAAUGUAUAAGGUUAUAAGGAAUCAUCCUUCCUCGCUUGAGAUUUACCAAAAGAAACUUCUAGAAUCUGGUCAGGUCACAAAAGAAGACAUUGACCAGAUAAGCAACAAAGUCACUUCAAUUCUCAAUGAAGAAUUUCUGGCCAGCAAAGACUAUGUGCCUCAAAGAAGGGACUGGCUCUCAGCUUACUGGGCUGGUUUCAAGUCUCCUGAACAGCUUUCUCGCAUCCGUAAUACUGGGGUCAAACCAGAGAUUUUGAAGAAUGUUGGCAAGGCUAUCACAACUCUUCCAGAAAGUUUUAAACCUCACAGAGCAGUUAAGAGGAUUUUUGAAGACCGUGCUAAGAUGAUUGAGACAGGGGAGGGUAUUGACUGGGCGGUGGCUGAAGCACUUGCUUUUGCAACAUUGCUUGUUGAGGGAAAUCAUGUCAGGUUAAGUGGACAGGACGUUGAGCGAGGUACUUUCAGCCAUAGACAUGCUGUUCUUCACGAUCAGGAAACAGGGAAAAUAUAUUGUCCCUUAGAUCAUGUUAUGAUUAACCAAGAUGAGGAGAUGUUUACUGUGAGCAACAGCUCUCUUUCGGAGUUUGGAGUUUUGGGAUUUGAAUUAGGUUAUUCAAUGGAAAACCCCAAUUCUUUGGUACUGUGGGAAGCCCAGUUUGGUGAUUUUGCCAAUGGGGCUCAGGUGAUGUUUGACCAGUUUCUGAGCAGUGGAGAGGCCAAAUGGCUGCGUCAGACUGGAUUAGUUGUCCUCCUACCUCAUGGAUAUGAUGGGCAAGGCCCAGAACACUCAAGUGCUCGUUUGGAACGUUUCCUUCAGAUGAGUGAUGAUAAUCCAUAUGUUAUCCCUGAGAUGGAUGCAACCCUAAGGAAACAGAUUCAGGAAUGCAACUGGCAGGUGGUGAAUGUAACUACACCUGCAAAUUAUUUCCAUGUUUUGCGGCGCCAGUUACAUAGGGAAUUCCGUAAACCUCUCAUUGUGAUGGCACCGAAGAACUUACUCCGUCACAAGGACUGCAAAUCUCAUUUAUCUGAGUUUGAUGACGUUGAAGGCCAUCCAGGUUUUGACAAACAAGGAACCAGAUUUAAACGCCUUAUAAAGGACCAAAAUGAUCACUCAGAUCUUGAAGAGGGUAUUCGACGUCUGAUUCUUUGCUCUGGAAAGGUUUAUUAUGAGCUUGAUGAAGAAAGGAAAAAGACUGAGGGAAAGGACAUUGCAAUCUGUAGAGUGGAGCAGCUUUGUCCCUUCCCUUAUGACCUCAUCCAACGUGAACUCAAGAGAUAUCCAAAUGCAGAGAUUGUUUGGUGCCAGGAAGAGCCAAUGAACAUGGGCGCAUACAGCUAUAUUGCCCCUCGUCUUGGCACCGCAAUGAGAACUCUGGGCAGAGGCACUGUGGAUGACAUCAAGUACGUCGGCCGUGCUCCAUCUGCUGCCACUGCAACUGGCUUUUACCAAGUUCACACAAAAGAGCAAAACGAAAUCGUACAGAAAGCGACGCAGCCUCAUCCAAUCAGUUUGUGAAAUUGAAGCUGAUGCAUAGUUGUUUGGGCUAAAUUUUCUUACAGAACGGUGGUUAGAGUAUUCCACUUUUACAGGGCAAGUUUUGCGAGAAUAAAGGUACUAUGUCAAGUCAAUGUUGUCAUUGAUGAAUCAACUUUGAUCUUGUAAAAGGAUAUUUACUUUCAUCUUGCCACACAGAUUUGCAUGGCGGUGGUUGAGAUAAACCACAUUUUCCACCAAAGAAAUUAUUUCUGAUACUGCAAA